UGUUACGUGUAGGUCUAUACUUAAGUUCCUCCCGUCCUGGCCUCCUACAGGAGUAAGCAGUUCCAUCACCGCCUCAAUCAUCGUGGAAGAGGAAGAGGACGAGCAGUCGCCUCCACUAUGGGAGCGAUCCAGGAGGAUGUCUGCCAUCUGCUUCGUAUGUAACCUGCCCAUCCUGAGCCACCAGGUGGGACUCGUGUGGGAGGGAGGCAAUGGCUACGACGAACUCCAGAGCGAGAGCUCGUCCCCGAGGCCUCGAGUGGGUCGCCGGGACUCCUCUGCUCAGAUCACCACCAUCGAGCCACCUCGCGAGGUGCGGGAGACUUCUCCUCCCACCUCCCGCAGGCGACGAUCCUCCCUCGCGCAGCUCACAGACAUCCUUCGGGAUUGGGGGAGACGAGACUUGACGGAACAGCGCUCCACCAGCACCUGCACGACGACCACCAGCACUCCUGUGGGUCCUCUCACCCGCAGGGAGAGUCGCGACCUCAGCCGCAGAGAGUCCAUCGCAGAUAUCGCGAGGUCUCUACCGUGGCGACGGAAAGACUCCAUCGUCGAAGUUCCGCGAAUUAAGACCCGGCGGGAGUCCUCGGCGGAGAUGAAGAAGAGGCGGCAGAGUGGCACAGACAUCCGCUCAGACAUUGCUAAGUUUCUGGCCCGACGAGAGAGUGUAGCGGAGAUCUUACGGCGGCGUCGAGACUCCCUCGAGCAGGAGAAGAAGGAGCGCCGGGACUCGACGACGCAGGUGUAUACACGCUCAAACCGCAACAGUAUAGACAAGACCGCUUCCCCCGACCGGCCGGAGAUACAUUCCCCUCGACACGUGUCCUCCCCCGAGCCCCGAGAUCUGACCCCAAGAACCGUUGUUACCACGCAGGUGUCCGCGGAGUCGCACGUGUCGCAGACCUCACUGGUGUCGCAGGUGUCGACGGGAGGAAAGGACCCAAGUGAGCCUGGCGUCGCGGAGCCCAGGUCUCCGGUGUCGUCUCCGGCACCGUCCUCCCCAACGACAACUCUGCGACGAGAGUCUACCACACAGAUAUACCGCGGGAGGCGAGACUCUCGCCCUCAAGUGUCACCUGAGCGAGGCUCCGGAAGAGGCAGUCGAGAACCAUCACCAAAAUAUCGAGGACUGCGUCGACAGUCCACCGCAAUCGAGGAGAGUCUCCCACUUCCCGGAUCUCGUCGAGGCUCUCGUCCGUUCCUGUCUCCUGACGCCCCAGAGACAGAUGGACUGUCUAAAAAGUGCCGGAGAGACUCUUUGUCACCGGAUUCGGCGGCAGCAGAAGAACUGUCUAUGGGCAGAAAGGGGCGACGGGACUCUCGGCCGCACUUGUCUCCCGAGGCCAGCGACUCCAACUCGAGAGAAACAUCUCCCAGAAGCCGGUUAAGAAGACAGUCGACCACGGCCGCCGAGUAUUGCGGACGCGGCCGGAGGCCUUCACGCUCCCCACGCUCCCCAGACUCCUCCUCAACAUGCUCCUCCAGAGAACACUCGCCCAAAGAGCGUGGACUUCGACGUCAGUCAACCACCGAAGAAAUCUUACUGUCUCGAGGAUUUCGCCGACAGUCGACAACAGAAGACAUCAUGCGCGCCCGUAAUUUCCGACGUCAGAGCACGCAAAGUGAAGAGAUGUCCAAGUCUCGAGGGCGGAGAGACUCUAGCGCCCAGAUCACCGACGGCACGCUGGCCACCAUGACUGUCGAGACCUCCUGUGCCUUCUUCGACACCUCAACGCAAACAGAAGGUUCGCUGUACGACAACAAUAAUUACCACGAAGAGUGCCUACGCUGCAAUUCCUGCGGCCUCAACCUGACGGGACCUAACCAGACCCGCGCCCGACGCUACAAGAACCAGUUCCUCUGCGAUCUCCACUUCGCUGACGUUGCCCUCAUGGAGACGUCCGACUUCCUGCAGCAACUGCGCUCCUUCAAGCCCCAGAGUCUGGGGUGUGCGGUCGCUAGAAGAAAAUCCUCCACUACGCUUAUCUUUCCUCUCCCGCCCCAAGCUUGUGCAGAUGAGUUCUGCCCAGGCUAUCCGCACAGCCUCAUCCCCACGCCUGGCUACUGGAUCGAGUGCGCCGGCCAGACCGUCCCCGACGACACCAUCUGGGACGAGUCGGAGCCGGAGUUGGAGGACGGCUCCCCUCAGAGCGACCACCCGGAGAAAGCCGAUCAGAACAUCCAGGUGUGUCCAGGCGGCCAGGUGCCUCUCAUCAACGAGCCGUCACGCCAGAAGACCUGCAUCCAGGAGCAGUGGGAGAGGAAUGGCCAGUUCGACCUCACCAGCAUCGACCAAGAGACCUACGAGAAGUACUUCUACGGCUCUGAGCACUGGAACUACUUUACCCAGGAUGAGGACCUCGGACCCGUCAUCCUCUCCCUCAAGCAGGAGACCUCCAAUGGCAGAGACCAGUUCAGGAUCAUGGUGCGAGGGAUAUCCUACACGGUGCAUGGGCUGGUCCCCGCCUCCUGCGUCUUCGCUGACAGAUAUAACCGGGAGGAGGUGGUCAGGUCCUUCGGGCGGGAGAUCAACCUCAACCCGCCCCUUGUUCUCGGUCAGCUGCCGGACAUCCCUGAGGAGCUGCUCAAGCUGGACCAGGUGUUCAUCAAGAGCGAGCUGAAGGUGGGAGUGGUCUAUGUCAGGGAGGAGCAGUACACGGAGGAAGAGAUCCUUGACAACAACGACUCCUCCAUGCUCUUCGAGGAGUUCCUCCAAAUACUCGGAGACAAAGUCCGGUUGAAAGGGUUCGACAAGUACAAGGGCGGCCUGGACACCGUGCACGACCUGACGGGACUCUACAGCGUCUACGCCCACUGGAGGAACAUAGAGAUCAUGUUCCACGUGUCCACUCUCCUGCCCUACGAGAAACACGAUCCCCAAAAGCUUCAGCGGAAACGGCAUAUUGGGAAUGACAUCGUGUGUGUGGUGUUCCUGGAGGCAGACAACACCCCGUUCUCCCCUGCCUGCAUCAAGUCCCACUUCCUCCACACUUUCAUUGUUGUCCGCACCAGCCCUAGGAUCAAGUUCAAGCCAACACGUUAUGAGGUGGCGGUGGUGUCCCGUGAUGAGGUGGGCGCCUACAAGCCAUACCUGUGGGAGCAGAGCUGCUUCGAGAAGGGCCCCAUGUUCCGAGAGUGGCUCCUCACCAAGAUUGUCAACGGGGAAAGAGCCUCCUACUCCGCCCCAAAGUUCGCGCGCAUGCAGGACCGCACCCGCUCCCAGAUGCUGGAGGACCUGGUCAACAACCUCCAGAACCACGCCGAGACCGGCCAGAUUCCUAAGCCUUACAGACGCGGCUCCUGGCGACCUAUUGGUCACAUGCGUCCCUCGUCGCCACUGCUGGACUCGGUUCGCGACCUGUUCGAGGGCCACGACCAGCUGGCCAAAGACUUCACCCGUGCCUUCCAUAACAGCGAAAACCAGUUCAACAAUAUGCUCUACGACGUCACCUUCCUGGUCGGUGCCGGCAAGGAGAAGUGUAAACUCUAUGGCGUUAGGGCCAUUCUUGGCGUCCGCAGCAGGGUGUUCCAGGAGAUGCUCUACGGAUUCAGCACUGGCUUUGGGUCACCGCAGGUCUCAGUGGCCGACAUCCUGGCCCGGGCCGUCCCGACGCUCCACUCUCCCUCGCACAAGCCCAAGAGCUCAAACUUCCUCCAGGUGCCAGACAUCGAGACCCCACGACCCAAGAGCGUACCCAACUCGCCCAUCGUCAUGCGUGCCUUCUCCCGGCUCGGGACGCUCACCUCCGGCUGGGGCAGAUCCUCCAAGAAGCACGACCGCCUCUCUGUCGAGGACAAGAAGAAGUGGGCUUCAUCGCAGGACUGUUCUGCAGGGAAGGAGGGCAAGGAGCGGCAGGGGGACAAGAAUGCCCUGGCGGUGCCUCGUCUGAGCGUGUGUGCGGACGGCGGCAAGGUGGACCGCGCUCGCCUCUGCCAGGCGGAGGUACGUGUGAUGGUGGCCCAGACCAGCGAGCGACGCCAGACCCAAUUUACCAUCAUCGAGUUCGAGCAGGACACUCUGAGGAUCUUACUGGACUACCUGCACACUGGGUCCUGUCCCCUGACCUGCACCUCCAUUCCGGGCCUCAUCUGUGCUGCUGAACACUAUGACCUGCCGGAGCUGCUGCAGGCCUGCUUCCACCAUGCCAAGCAGUUCCUCAGGAUUGAAGUGGUAUGCAAUAUGCUCAGCAGCUUGGAGAAUUACUACUGGCGCUACACCUCUGCCUCGGAGCUAGUCAAUAUGAUACUCGCCUUCGUCGAGACCAGAGCCGUCCAGGUGUUCCAGAUCCCCGACUUCCUUCAGUUGUCGGAGUCGAUGGUACACAUGAUGAUGGCAAGGAACCUAGAGGUGGCAGAGAUCACCAAGUUUGAGGCAAUGUUGGCUUGGGCAAAGAAUCGUGUCAAGACCAAAGGUGGCUCCAAAGCUGACUCACGUGUUGAGUUCCGCUGCAUCAUGGAACGACUCACCAGGGAGCUCAAACCUUAUAGGAUAUCUCCACAGGAUCUCAUCAAGAUUGUGCUGCCAAGCAAGGCCAUCAAGAAUGAGCGGAUUCUUGAAACACUCAUGUUUCAGGCCAACUCUGGCAUGUACAGAAUCAAUGACUCUUAUCUGGAGGCCUGCCAACAGAGACUCCAAAAGCAAGACUCCAAGUUCAGUGAGUGGGAAUCUUUUGAUUACGGCCUAUAGCACCAACAGGCCCUUCGGCAAUCUGGACCUGGUUCUUGAUGGUCAGUGCAACAGUCUGGACCUUGAGUAUUGUAAUAUGUGGCACAUCAUUAUCACAGCCAGGACUUUAAAUCAUUGACACUAACUUUUAAUUCAUAGGGCAAAAUUCACUCUUUUUGGCUCUCAUUUGCCAAUGAGGACAUGUGCCCCAGAACUUUCCGAAUAACUUUUGUCCACAUCAGUGUAUCAUUCAUGGCACUGUGUGCUGCAAACUAUCCAUGAGCCAGGCUGUGCUUUCACUAUUAUCAUUCCUCUUGUGACUGGUAAACCACACAUUUAGAGUCUGGGAGUGCAGUAUGGUGUGGUCAGUGAGGGUGGUCAAACUACAGAAUGGUGAGAGUAUUGCUGUAAUGUGUAGUGAAGGUUAUUACAAGUCUCUGCAAACUGGAACUGUAUCUGCUAUGGUUAUCACCAACGAAAGAAAACGUUGACUCCUCCCACCUCAGAUUCUAUUAUGAUGAGCAAUUACCUAAAAGGGUCACUUAACUGACAUAGUUGCUGUGGAUAUUGCCUGGACAAGUGCAAAAAGGUAGCAGCAAUGCACAGUUCUGCUUUUGCCAUGCCUCCUUAACUCGUAUUGGAGAAGUUACAGAUUGGGAAACGAAGAUGAUGAAGGAAAUGUUAUGAUACAGUAAGGACCUCUUUCUACUGUACUUCUUAUCUUCCUUCAAUAAGGCCAUGUGGUGCAGUAAAUGCUUUACUAAAAUUUUAGUGACGAGUCAUCAUUAAAGAAUAUAGACUAACUGGGCAGCAAAACCUGCAAUGUUCUCGAGACCAUUCUACAUUCUAGUUUGGCCAAGCAGAGUUCAGCUCCAUUCUUGCCAAAUAUUACAUGUGCGAAACACCAGCAUUUGCUGCAAACGACGCACACACACACGGUUAUAGAUUCAAGCUAAGGAAACAAAGGUGCCAAAAAAUAUUAGAAAGUUUUCUUUUACAAAUAGUGGUAAACAGUUGGAACAAGAUAAGUGAGAAAGUAGUGGAGGCCAAAGCCAUCAAAGUACAGUAGAUUCAAACUAUGAGCAUAAAUCUUAUCCUGUAACAACACUUGGGCAUUUACAAGACCGUCAGUACUGUAGUUUCAAAGCGCUAUAUGACAGUGCUGGGAAGAUGGGAGACCAUGAGCGUAGCUCUCACCCUGUAACUACACUUAGGUAAUUACACAAAGCUGCAACAAAGAGGAGAUGCUAUUAAACAAAGCAAAAUAAGGUAUUUGUAACCAAAUUCAAAAAGUUAAAAAAAAAAAAAAAAAAAAUACCAAGCAGUGGACAGAUCAAAUAAUGAGCAGAUCACCAAUUGCUGCACAAUUGAUCAAGCACUGUACAAAAGAUCAUCAAGCCCUGCACAGUGGAUCACCAAGCACUGUGCAGAUCACUCAGCAGUACAUAAUGGCUCACAAGCACUGCAUAGAGUACAUGAGAGAAAAGAACCAAGGGUCUCCGGCCAGCCUGGCACUGGGAACUGUUUAAUGGUGUGAUGUUCACAUUUAUGGAAGCAGUCAAAAUUUGCAUUAAGCCCCACAGAAAAGAAGUUAUUAUUUGUUUAAUAUUUACAAAGGAUUUUUACCUUCCAAGAGCUUUAUAAUGCAAAGGCAAAAAUCCUAAAAAUAAUAACUGGCUCACAUAAUAUUCUAUGGUCAACAGCUAAAGUAAAGAGUGGAAACUUCUGUAUGAAGCCAGAAAGAGAGCAGUGGUCAUGUCUGCCUUCCACAAGGCAUAACACACUCCUCACCUCCCCAAGUAAGGUGAGGUGGUCGUGUAUAAUCCCACACAUGCUCACUUGUCCUGUCAAAGACCAUCCUAAAAAAAAAAGAGGGAGGGGGGAUUUUCUGAAGUGACUUCAGUAUCAUGAAAAAAGUCUUCCUCUGCAUUUUGACCUGCUAGAGAUGUGGGUACCAGCUCUCUGCAACCGUAAAUUAAAGUGGGACAUAAGUAAACUCGUAGGAAUCAGAGAUGGCCUCAUACUAAAGUAUGAGGCGGUCAUAGUCAUUGACCUAACUAAAUUUCCAAAGCAACUUGUACUUCUUUAGACUUAAACAACCACCAGAAUAAGUUAGAAGCUAUUUCUGCUAUCACUAUUUCUUGGGCUUUAUCACUACCAGUUCUAGACAGCAUAAACUUCUGACUCAUCUUUCUUGGAGGUUUGUUAUUGUGACAAUGAGUAUCCUUCAGGCUACCAGUGUGUAAAUAAGAAGAGCUAUUGUACCUGUACCUGGAUGAGGUUCUAGUUGUUCUACUUCCCCAGACCAGCCUAGCCCUGUGCCAGGCUCGACGUUUGAGAGCUUGGUCCAACAGGCUGUUGCUUGGAGCGGCCCGCAGGCCACAUAUCCACCAUAGCCCGGUUGGUCUGGCACUUUGAUUUUACAAGUCCCAUGUGGUGAGGAGAGAGAGAGACCCGAGUUGGCGAGCAUCUCGUUGGUUCGUAUCCCUUUGUAUGAUUAAAAAAUCCAACCACUUGGGCUGGAUUGUGGAGCGACUGUCUUGCUUCAUGCAGGUCCGUGUUCAAUCCCCGAAUGUCCACGUGGUUGGGAACCAUUCUUUUAACCGUGUUGUGAUACAGUUGACUGGAGUGUGUCUGGGAACAUCCACCACAUAGGUUCGAAUCCUCAUCAAGACUCUUGUGAAUUUGUUCAUAGAUAUAUCACGUUAUUGUGAUUUCUGUGUAAUUUUUCUUUCGCAAACAGAGCGGUAGACAGUUGGAA